AUGUCGUUAAAGAAGCCAACCUACGACUUUGGAGGGCCUCCUGGCGCUGCGGCUAUUGUCUUGGGCCUACCCGUCCUCCUGAACUUGUGGUAUUUCGCAUGCAACGACGUGUCAGGUUGUCCUGCUCCAGCUCUGCUCCAACCGAGGACUCUGACAUGGGAGGGCUUUAAGAUGCAGGCUCCUUGGCCAGCUGAGGGUAUCUGGGGCUUCUCCAGCUGGAGGGUGACCGGCUGGGUCUUCGCCUACUACGCGCUUAGCCUUGUUCUCUACGGCGUUCUCCCUGCCCACGAAGUCUACGGGUCGAAGCUGCGCGAAUCUGGCCGGCCGCUGCUGUACCGUUUCAAUGCAUUCCAUGCAUCGGCUGCGCAGCUGGUCGCCUGCGCCGUAGGCACCUAUCUGUAUGGGGCUGAGUGGACCCUAUGGACCUUCAUCACCGACAACUAUCUGCAGAUUAUGACAGUCAAUACCCUGCUAGCCUUUGGUAUUUCAAUACUGGUCUACCUGCGCAGCUUCAGUGUCACGCCUGGGAACAGCGACAUGAGAGAGUUGGCAGCCGGCGGGCACACGGGAAAUGUCAUCUACGACUUCUAUAUUGGCCGCGAACUGAACCCGCGCAUCACGCUCCCCUUGAUCGGAGAGGUCGAUGUCAAAGCCUGGCUGGAGAUGCGACCCGGCCUGACUGGCUGGGUCCUUCUGGACCUUGCAUUCGUGGCUCAGCAGUACCGCAACUACGGAUAUGUAUCGGAUAGCAUGGUCUUCACGACGGCUGUGCAGUCGUUCUACAGCUUGUACGGGCAGUACAACGAAGCCCGCGUCCUCUCGAUGAUGGAUAUCAUUACAGACGGGCUCGGAUUCAUGCUCACCUUUGGUGAUAUCGUCUGGGUCCCCUUCCUCUACUCGACACAAUGCCGGUACCUUGCCACCUAUCCUGUUCACCUCGGCUGGCCUGGACUCGUCGGUGUGAGCCUCAUCUUUGGCCUGGGUCUAUACAUUUUUCGAGAGUCCAACAGACAGAAGAACGUGUUUAGGACGAGGCCAGACGAUGCUUCGGUCAAGGGAUUGUCGUAUAUCCAGACCAGGAGAGGGACGCGUCUGCUCACGGCAGGCUGGUGGGGGACAAGUCGCCACAUGAACUACUUUGGCGACUGGCUGCAGUCAUGGCCCUUCAGCCUUCCCACUGGCCUGGCCGGGUACAUGGUCAUGCCUGCUGGAGGCGCCCUCGCCACGACCCUUGCGGGCUCAGGCGAGGUCUUCACGACGCUCGACGGGCGACAGAUCAUUCAGGGACAGGCGAGGGGGUGGGGCAUGAUAUUCACUUAUUUCUAUGUCAUCUAUUUUGCGACUCUCCUUAUCCACAGGGAGGCCAGGGACGACCUGGCCUGCUCAGAGAAGUAUGGAGACGACUGGGAGAAGUACAAGAAGAUUGUCAAGUGGCGCAUAUUGCCGUACAUUUAUUAA